UUGCGCAGUGGACGUGUGUAUUAAGUGCUAGUGUUUAUUUUAAGAAAUGCUAAAUUUCUCCUAUUUUGUAACAGACUGCUGGACGUUUUAUGACUUAAUUCGAUCGUGAUACUGUUCGAUUUAUAAAUUUUGAUUAUUUCCGUGUGUGAACUAUAGUAUAGUGUUUUAUUUUCGUUGAAUUUGAGUUAAGUGGCUGUGCAAGGUUUAGUCCCCCACGGCACGAGAUUUGGACCGCUUUUCUACGAUUUGAGCUAUUCUGAGAUUCCUGUUAUGUUCUUCACUAAUUUCGUGAUGCGUUCCCGGUAAAGGCGUAUGUCUUUAUUUGCACACAACAUGGCGUCGUAGGAGGUGGAUUAUUGUUUGUAGAGGUGAGCUGGUGAGCGGCGGGCAUGGGCGCGGCGGGCCCGUCGGACGAGUACUCGCCGCCGCGGCUGGCGCGGCUUCUGCACGCCCUGCCACACAUCAACGUGACGCUGCACCGCGUCAACGACACCUUCGCGCCCAACUCGCCCAUCUACCUCGAGAGCUUGGGGAUCCUGGGCUCGAUACCUGGUGCAUGGCUCAUCCUUACCCUGACGGUGCUGCUCAUAUACUUGCUCACGAGAUGCUGCGACAGGAAGCAAAGGCCGCCGAGGAGUAUCACCGCACUUAAGAUAACGUUGAUGAUAUUGGCGGUGCUAUCAUGCGGGGCGAUCGGCGUUGGUCUCUUCGGCAACGACGACCUUCACAAUGCGAUGCUGCAGAGCAUCCAGGCGGGCAACAGCCUUGCACAGCUAGUCAACACUGUAAAGAAUCAGUCAAGUAUUCUAGAAGAAGCCAUGGGAUCUCGAGCACGAGCUCCUCUAGCACGUUUGGCGGACGCACUGGACGCCCCAGUGGCGAACCAGACCGCCUUGGGCACUCUGCUGAGGGCGUUGUCCGCUUUGAGGAACAACGCCAGCGCGGCCGCCUCCGCCGCUGAUAACCUCCGAAGGCCACUGGCUGCUCUGAACCUGGACGCUUUUAUGAAGCGGCUGUGGGUGUGGGAGGCGGCGAGGUGGGCGGGCGGCAUGGUGGGCUGGUGCUGCGGCGGCGGUAUUUGCGUGGCAUUGCUGGCGGCAGCCGCGCGACGGUCGCGACGCGCUCUUUUGCUACUUUGCGUUUGUGCUCUGGGGGCUCUAGUGGCCUGCUGGGCGGUGGGUGCGGCGCUGGCGGCGGGUGCGGUGGCCGCGGCCGAUGCCUGUCAGGACCCAGCCAGGGCUCUGGCCUUGCACGCACCCCACAGAUUGCCCGUCGACAUGGUCCAUUACUACCUGUCGUGCAAAGUGUCGCGCGAGAACGUGCUCACCGCAGAGUUGCGGAACGCACAGCGCGCGGUGGUGGCAGUGCGACAGGCGUUGGCGGUACUGUCCAGAGGCGCGCCGCAGCUGUUCAACGACCCCGGUCUCCAACCAGCGUUGGGCGCGUUGGGUGCUGGCACGGGUGAGGCAGAGAGGGCGCUGGUGUCCCUCAGCGGAGCCCUAGAGUGUCGCAUGGCGCGGGCCUAUUUCGUCACCGCCGCGAGAGCCGCCUGCGACGGUGGCUUGCAGGCGCUGUCGAUCCAGCUGCUGGCAGCAAUCGUGGCCGGACUAUUGUUUACUGCUAUCGUUCUAGUCGAUUCCCACGCUUGGAUCUACAUUAAUACUAAGCGUAGUGUGUCCGGGGAGGAACAGGCUCCGUUCCUAUCAACCGGAAGUGCGGGCUCCCGGACUCUGCCCAGACCUGCGCCCUUCCCCAACGGAAAGCCGCCCUCUUAUAGUGCCGCGGUUCAGCUCAUGGACCUCUCUGAUAGAGAUAGAGAUCGCGAACGACCACGGUCUCGCAUGUCGGGCAGCGCGACGCUGGGGCGUGCGAGCGGCGGCGGCGCGGCGCUGGGCGCUGGGCUGGGCGGCGGGCUGGGCGCGUUGGGCGGCUCGCACACGCUGGGGCGCGCGCCGCACAACGGCAAGUACGCCACGCUCAGCAAGCAGUGCAAGACGCUGGAGAGCAACGACUUCUACUGAGAGCGGGCGGGCGGCGCGGCCGAACACACUGCAGGUCAGGCUAACCGCACAGUGCCCCUGAACCGGUUCGACCCCAAGUAUGCCUCGUUC